GAGCUGUGAAUGCAAAUGAGCUUUAUUAGUGUUACAUCUUUAAAUCUAAUUGAAUUAGAUCAUCCUGGGUCUUUUUUGCAGCAUUUUCGUGGCAGGAAGAACCGCUGCUACAAGCUGGCAGUGAGGAGCGUCCGCAGGGCUUUCGUGAGGUCCACCAAGGCCAGGAGGGAGAAGAAAAGAUUCCUCAGAGCGCUCUGGAUCACAAGGAUUGAAGCAGCUUCCCUUGAACAUGGUUUGAAGUACCCAGCCUUCAUAAGCAACCUGGUCAAGUCCCAGGUGGAGCUGAACAGAAAAGUUCUGGCUGACUUGGCAAUUUAUGAGCCAAAGACAUUCAAGUCCCUGGCAGCUUUAGCCCAGAGGAGGAGACAGGAAGGGUUCCUGGCUGCCCUGGGAGAUGGAAAAGAACCAGAGGGAAUAUUUUCACGUAUUGUGCACCACCACUAUUGAUAUCAGAGUCUGUGUACAUGUUUUAGAAGCAGGGAUUUGAUUGUGAAACAAACCUGUCGUGGGACUGCUGCUGAAACAGAAAAUGUGGAACAAAUCCUCUGAGGAUCGUGUGGGUGUGAAGCUUCUCCCUGAAUGCUUUUUCCCUGUGUUGUUGUCACUGAAACCUGUUAAAUUAAAAGCACACUUCAAGGUUAGCGGUCAGGCCAUACAGUGAUUUAAUAAAGGUUUUUUUUUUUGGUAACUGCCCUUAGGAAAAAAACCUAAUUUGUGUGGUGAAUUCUGGCACUGAAUGGGAUAACGCAGCUGGGAUGGGGGGAAAUGUUGACCCUCACAGGUGGAGCCUGGGUGUUAAGGACACACAUAGUUCGUACUUUUAAGGAUUUAAUAAAGACAUUUCUAUUGAAAACUCC